UUUUACGUUAAAAUAGUUACACCCGUAUCAUAAAGAAAAGAAAUUAUAGCACAAACCUUACAGGAGUGCGGUACAAUGCCCAAAUCCUAAUUUUUUGUAAUUCAUGAAAUUGAUUUGUGCGGUUCCAGCCGUGAGGGUCGAAGAGGAUAAUGAGAGUGUUACAGUACUUGAGUCAAUGGAAGUCCAAAGCCAAAGACGGAAUUUCACAAUCACUUCUUGUCGCCAAAUUCCUCUGCUUAUUACAUGUCACCAACAACUAUAUUUGCUCCCCUGUCAUGGUAUGUAUGUUUACGGUCCUAGUAUGCUACCGACACUGAAUCUUACCGGCGAUGUUUUGCUGGCCGAACACUUAUCGCCGUUGUUGGAUAAGUUGGGACCAGGUGAUGUAGUCCUCGUUCGCUCACCUGAUAACCCUAGAAAGACUGUUACUAAACGCAUUGUUGGUAUGGAGGGCGAUACUGUCACUUUUCUAGCCGACCCUGCUAGAAGUAACCGCCAUGUCACCUUAAAGGUUCCAAAGGGGCAUGUUUGGAUUCAGGGAGAUAAUAUUUAUGCUUCCAAGGAUUCGCGGCAACUCGGGCCAAUCCCUUAUGGUCUCAUCCUGGGAAAAGUGUUGUGUAGAGUAUGGCCACCAGAGGGCUUUGGCUCAUUAUGACAAAUAAAAACAAUGCAAUGUAUCGAAGAUAUACAAUUGAAGCAAGUCCUUUGAUUAUUGUCUUCUUCUGUGAAGAUUUAAUUUGAAUAAUGAUUGCUAAUUCAUUUUGUUCAGGAUGCUUCAAUUCCAAUAACAGAAGAUUGUCUAGUUCAUAA